AUCUCUGAAUUUUUGAGGGUAGAGAGCCUCUUAAGGACUGGCAAAUGCUCCAGCUGCCUUUAGCACGGACCUUGACCAGUUAGUGAGCGGGAUUACUUGUCAUGGGUUUUAUUCCAGCAAAGGACUGGUCUUCACAAUGCCAAAGGUUCCCUUCCUGUCUAAUAUUUCCCAGAUAUGGCUGCAUUUCAGCUGAUGAGACAGUGAAAUCCAAGCAGAAAGAAGAUGAUGGGCAUCAUUAAUAGUUUUCCUGGGUUGGUGAUUCUGAGUUUGGCAUUCUUUCUAAACCUUGCCAGGGACCAAACAUCACUUCUGGAUGUUAAAGGUUGCAGUAUUGUAACCUUCACACAUUUCCCUACUCCUUUUCUCACGCUCUAGGUUGCCAGAUGGAUGCCAGAGACAAGCAGCUUUUACGCUCCCUGCGCCUGGAGCUCUGCACAGAGGUGCUGGUGGAUGGACUUGUUAUUCAGUAUCUCUACCAAGAAGGGAUUCUCACGGACAGCCAUGUUCAAGAAAUAAAAUCCCAAACCACCAGUCAGAGGAAAACCAUGAUGCUCCUUGAUAUUCUACCCACCAGAGGACCCAAGGCUUUUGAUGUGUUCUUGGAUUCCUUGCAGGAGUUCCCAUGGGUUAAAGAGAAGCUGAUGAUGAAGCGUAAGGAAAUGACAGUACAAGAUCCUGCAGGUGUAACAGAAAUUGCACCAUGUAUUUUGAAGACGUCACCAACAGAUCAGCAGCUGAACAAGCUUGCGAGGAGACUGGGACCCGAAUGGGAGCACAUAGUUCUGUGCUUGGGUUUGUCCCAUACUGACAUCUAUCGAUGUAAAGUCAAUCACCCUCACAACCUGCAGUCACAGAUCGUAGCUGCCUUUGUCCUGUGGAGACAGCGUUUGGGGAAAAAAGCCACAAUCCAAAGUCUGCAAGCCAGCCUGAUGGCAGAAGAAGUGGAUCCUUCUGUGAUACAGUACAUGCUUGAGUGAAGCUUUGCUAUUGAGCUUUCAAGUACUUUGUUAAAUGAAUUAAAGAGGAUUUACUGAAAUGCAUGUUGAAGAUCUGACACCUCAAACUGGAAAAAAAAAUGGGGUUGGGAAGUGUGGUUUUAUUAGGCUUAAACAUUCCAGUUGUCUGUGGCAUCUUGUGACUUGUAAUUCUUUUCAUGCCAGAUUAAUUUUUAGCAGGCAUUAAAAAAUGGAUCACUUUU